ACCAAAUAAGCAAUUGUUUGGUUUAGUUAAAGUGAAAUUUUCAGCUGUGGAUACUAAAACAGCAUAGAAGUUAAGAUUAAAAAUUUGAAAUUCUUUUCUUUCUCAUCCAGUUUUCUUAGGAACCAAACAUGGGUGAAAGUAUCCUAGUAUUUGGAAUUGCACAAACUGUAUGACCUUGCCGUGUUUUAUCAAAGUGUCUUAGGCUCUAUUCUUCAUUUCAUAUCGCUGUUUUAUUUAUUUUGGUUGAUUCAUUCAAAGAAACUCAUUGGCUGAUGUGUUCAGUGAAAGAAAUGAAUGGAUAGUGUCAUCAAUCCCCAUAUAUAUUUUUCCUCUGUGCUCUUCUAAUGCAAAUUGUCUUUUUAAUCUUGUUCAACUCUGAAUGAAUUAGUGAAAACAUUUGGAUUGUGUUGUUGUGCCCAAAGAUUCAUUUGGCUAAAAGGUUGGAUUUAUUUUCUUUGAUGAUGAUAUGCAGCAGUUACUUAUCAAGAAAAUGAUGUAGAAAUGUCCUAGGGCUUUAGCUUAUUCAAUCAUAUAUUUUCUCCUGCCUAUUAUUCAUGUCCACUUAAAUUACAGAUAGGUUAAUACCUCCUUGAUCAGAAACAAAGACAACAUCGGUUUUUUUCCCUUUCUUUUUUUAAAUUUGAGUAACAGAUGUUGAUGUAAUUAGGAGAAGACUGUUGAUUCUGACAUAAAAAAAUUUCUUAUUCUCUUGUUUCUUUCUUUUUUCUGCAUGAGAAUGUCGAAGAUCAGCAUAUAGUCAGAUAUUUUUCAUUCACUUCACCAUGCAAAGAGACAAGGUUUCGGAUGGGAAGAGAAAUGAAAACUGAAGAAAAUGGUUUCAGGCUGACAUUUUGUGAAGCUUUGGAGCUCAAGAUAGUCUCUUCUUCAUAAUUAGAUCAAACUCUGGGUUGUGGGUUCUUGAUUUCAUUCAGAACUCUUGUAUCCCACAGCAAUGACAGAGUAUAGCAUUGAUAGCCCAGUGGCUGCAGAGAAACUUGAGCUUGACUUCCCAGCAACCUUGGAGAAAAUCGAUCUUGAUAUGUCAGUGUUGCCAGAGAAAAAGGAGCUUGAAGGUGGCAAUGUAAGAGGGAACUCUGCUGGAAAAACAGGUGGAGCAAAUGGCAGAGCUAAGGUUCUUCCCAAUUAUCUCAGUUCUCCAACUGGCUCCUGCCAUGAUUUCUGCAAGUAUGGAACAAAACCCGUCUUUGGAAAAAAGGCAGAAAGGGUCAGAGCAACAUCAGGUGAAGGUGAAGAUUUGAAGCAAACUGCAACUGUUAAAGAGCAAAGGAAGAAAUCAGCAACCAGUCUUAAGCCUUCUCCUGAUCCCAAAACACAGCUUCCUGACCAUCAGUCAAUCAUCAAGAGAGAUGUUCGGCCACUGGUUAAAAAUGCAGUUGUCUCUUCAGAACAGCUUUCAUCACCUGGCAAAGAUGCAGAUGUUUUGUUGAAACACGAUAGUGAUUUGAAGCUGAAGGCUGUCAAAACAAAGCCAUCUCUUCUUCCAAUGCCGAGAUUUUUGAGCAGUAAAAGAAACAGUGACACUAGAGUAACCAAGGAAAUUGGGAUUCUACCAUCAUCUCCACUUGGAGAUCGAAGGAGUAGAAGCAACAGUGGAAUUGGAUCUCCACUUGGAGGUCCAAGGAGUGGAAGAAACACUGGAAUUGGAUUAGGCAAAGAUAGAGCAACCUCCGUAAUGGGCAAGAAAAAGGUUUCAUCUGCACCAGCUGUCAAGAGAGUUGCAAGCAAAAAGGCUAGAAGCAAUACAAAUGUUGAAGGGGUCUCUCCUCUGAAGAAUCAAAGCAAUGCUAGAAAAACUGAAUUUGUGCGUCCCAGAAAUGAGAAUGUCCCUGAGAAGAUAUUGCAUGUGAUUGAACCUAAGGCUGCAAACAAAACUGUGGGAACCACUCGAAAUAGUCUCCACACCACCAAAUCGUCUCCAUCCUUAGAGGGCAAAAGUUUGACACUUGCUAAAAAGGGAACUCGUGUCACUCAUUUGGCUUCAUCUCCUGAGAAGCAAAAUCAGAGACAAGCUCAAACUGGAGUUCAUACUUCUCGUUCGCCUCCUUCGAUCUCUCCACCCUCCAUGAACAAAAGCUUACAACAUACUCAAAAUGGAAUUCAUACCAAACAAUCAUCUGUGUCUUCAUUAGCAUCAAUAUCAUCACCCACACCUCCAUCUGAAUCUGUGCAGAGUGAAGACAGUGGCACCAUCUCUGAACACUCUGCAACUGAAAUUGAGAACCAUUCAAAAGUAGAAUACAAGAAAAUGCCUAGAAGAGUUGGAAAAAUUAGCUCAGGAGAUAAAGAGGACUCACCACGCAAGCUGAAUUCCAGGAGAGGACUUCAAUAUGAGAACAAUAGUCCAAGGAGACUCAGAUUGAAGAAAGGAAGAGGUCUAUGUGAGGCAGAGUUCAGCAAAAGAAGCUUUAAGAGAACAGAAGUUGUUCAUGUUGAUUUUGCUGAUGCUAAAACCGAAUUUGAGAAAGUUGUGCUGAGGCACCAAGAUGUGGAAGGCAACAAAGACACCCAGACCUCCCUUAACAACAAGAAUGAAGAAGUUGUAUUGAAACACCAAGAUGUUGCGGACAAAAAAGACAACCAGAAUUUUCUUAAUAAUGUGAUUGAAGAAGUUGUGCUCAGACACCAUGAUGUUGAAGACAAAAAGGAAAACCAGAGUUUGCUUAAUCGCACGAUUGAAGAGACUGCAAGUAAGCUCGUUGAGACCAGGAAGAGUAAGGUCAAGGCUUUGGUGAGUGCUUUUGAAUCCUUGAUCUCCCACCAAGAUACGGCACACAUGGCAACAACUACAGCACACUGAGUACUAUCAGGCUGUCUUGCUUCUACAAUGAUAUAGCAGUUUAAGUACAUUAACCAAACUUUUGAAUUUGAUAUCAAAGUCUGUAGGUUUUGUGAAGCAGUGACACUGCAGCAGAUAGAGAUUCAAUUGAGUUGAGAAAGCUUGAAUGCUAGUACUUAAAAGCACUUUUUUAUGUCUUCUUCUGCAUGUUUGUUUUGCAGAAGGGUAUUUCUCUCUGCUUUCUCCUCUUAAGUUUCUGUGAAUUUUAUUGGCUCAUUUUAUACCUUUACAAAUAAGGUUCUGCUGUACUUGAAUAUACAUAAUGCAAAAUAAUAUUGCCAUCAA